AUGCAAAUAAUUGUGCUCAUGCAGCUGAUACCGCAAAAUGUAAAGUUUACAAAAACGCGGUGCUGCGUGUUAAAUGAAAAAAACUUAAAAGUGAAGAUUCUGCAGCUAAACAUAAACCACUGCGAGGCGGCACAUGAUCUGCUUAUGCAGACUGUGCGAGAGCUAAAAGUAGAUCUGGCAAUAAUAUCGGAACCCUAUAAACAUUUGAAUACACAGCCGUGGGAAAUGGAUAGCAUUGCAGGAGCAGUCAUCUGGUCCUGUGCCAAACUUCCUUUUCAAAAUGUUAUAAAUUCAGAGGCAGGGAAUGCGCUUUUAGAAGCCAUAGCAAUAUUAGAUGUUGCCCUGUUGAAUAACGGAGAUAAACCCACAUUUGUUAGAGGAGAAACGAACUCAAUAGUGAACCUCACAUUUGUAAGCUGCUGCCUAGUAAAAGGAAACUUUCCAUGGAAAGUUAUGGACAUCUACACGGCAAGCGACCAUAGUGCACUACUCUGCGAGAUGACCACUGGCUUCAGCUCUAGAUGUAUACACGAACAAAUGCUAGAAUACAGCCAGAGAGUAUUACUAAAACUAUGCUUUCAUCAAAAACUGCAUGGGAUGCAACUGAUGCGUUUGCAUCCUAUAUCCUCCACAAGUUGGGCACAGAAAGGCAAAGAAUAA